GCAGACGAAGAGAAGUGAUCGAGUGAAGGGAACAUAAACAUGUCAAGUGGAUCAUCAUUCACAGCCGUUCAUUCUGCGCUAAAUCUGCUGUUUUUCAGACCGUGUGAAUACAUUCAUUUUUUUUUUCAUUUAAUAAGACAAAUCUAAAUCCAAACUACAAAAAGAGUCAGUUUUUUCUUUCAGUUUUUUUUUCAUUUAGUGAAUUACUAAAUUAAAAUCAAAUCAAAAUGAAUCGACUUGUUGUUGUACAUUACGCUCGAGAAACGUGAACUCGUUACUGACUUAUUUUUUUCACAUUACAUUUCAUUUGUGAAGGUUAUGAGUUGUGCUUUCAUUUCAUGUAAUGUACAAAUGAAACCAGGUAAACAGUUUUAAUGCAUGUAAAUCAUAUCUAAUGUAAGAGCAACAUAAAUAUAAGCCAGGUGAGUUGAAUUGUUUCUAGAUGAAAACAAAAUUGAGAGUGAUUGUAAGUGUGACGAUCAUCUGCUAAAUGAGCAACAGUGACCACAAUUCACAUCUUCAUUCACUGAAGCCGCUCACACUGCUGUUCAUGAGAGAUUAAAUUCUUGGAAUAUACUCUCAGGAGAACUACUGACAUACUGUUGUACAGAUGGAGUUUGAGGAAGAACCCUGCAGAAUGAGAGAUGAAGAUACAGAGGAACAAACAGACUCAAUGGAAGUGAAUGGAGACAAACAGAAUUUCACACAGGAGAAAACUGGAGUUAAAGGAUCUUCCACCUGCUCUGAGUGUGGAAAGAGUUUCAGAAGAAAAGGAAACCUUAAUGAUCACAUGAGAAUUCACACUGGAGAAAGACCGUUCACCUGCACUCAGUGUGGAGAGAGUUACACAUGUACAUCAAAUCUCAAAAGACACAUGAGAAUUCACACUGGAGAGAGGCCUUAUACAUGUACGCAGUGUGGAAAGAGUUUCAGCUCAAAAGGACAUCUAAAUGUGCACAUGAUGAUUCACACUGGAGAAAAACCGUUUACAUGCACUCAGUGUGGAAAGAGUUUUAGGUGCAAAAGCUUUCUCAACAGUCAUCUGCCCUCUCACACUGGAAUGAAGUCAUUCAGCUGUGAUCAGUGUGAUAAAACAUUCACUGUGGCAUCGACCUUAAGAGAACAUCUUAAGGUUCACACUGGUGUGAAGCCUCACUUUUGUUCUUUUUGUGGAAAAUGUUUUACACAAUUGCAUACUUUAAAAGAGCAUGAGCGUAUUCAUACUGGUGUGAGACCUUAUAUGUGCUUUGACUGUGGGAAGACCUUCACUACGUCCAGCAUCUUAAAAACACACGAGAGAGUUCAUACUGGAGAGAAACCGUACAAGUGCUCACAAUGUGGAAAGUGUUUCCCUUGGUUAGAAUCCUUGAAAGUGCAUGAGAGAGUUCAUAAUGGUGUGAAACCUUAUAAAUGCUUUGACUGUGGAAAGGCAUUUGCCAAAUCGAGUGCCUUAAAAACACACCAGAGAAUUCAUACUGGAGAGAAACCUUACAAGUGCUCUUCAUGUGGGAAGAGAUUCUCUCACUCAGGAAGCCUGAAAAAUCAUGAGACAGUUCAUACUAGAGAGAAGCCGUUCAAGUGCUCUUCUUGUGGAAAGAGUUUCUCUCAGUCAGGAUCCUUGAAAAGACAUGAGAGAAUUGUUCAUGCUGGAGAGAAGCCACACCAGUGCUCUUCAUGUGGCAAGAGUUUCAGCCACUUAUCAAAUCUACGUGUUCAUAUGAAAAAGCGUUGCUUAUCAGCAAAAGCAAGCAAAAAGUGAGCAAAAAUGUUUAAUGUCUAAGUGUUUAUUUUGAGAACCUAAUAAAAAGACUUUCUUGUAUUGAAAUCACUGAAAGACUCUUAAUGUACAUGAGCUGUUCUGUUAGCUCAAUUUGUGAACGACUUACAGUGUAGAAAAAGCUUAUGGCUGAAUGGAGUUUGCUAACAAUGGUGUCAUUUAUUGUGUGUAUGGUUAAUAAUGUUGCAUCUUAUGUCCUGAUUGUGCAUUUUAAUCUAUGACAAAUAAAAGGAACAAAACUUA